GACAGAUCCCGUUGUCCCUGGGGGGUUCCCGAGGGAGCAGGGGCUCGGUCCCUGCUUUAACCUCUUGUUCCCAUCAGCUGCCAAGGAGCUCCCAGCCCUUGUUCCUGCAGCCCCGUGCAGGCUGAGCGCUCCCGAUCCCACCAUGUCGGACAGAGGCAGCAGCAUGGACGGGAAGACAGACAUCGUGAACGGCAGCUUGUCCAGCAGCCCCGAGGAGAUGUCAGCAGAGGAGGGCCGGGAAACCUCCUCGGGCAUCGAGGUGGAGGCCUCAGACCUGAGCCUGAGCCUCACGGGUGACGACGUGGGGCCCAACCGCGCCAGCAUGGAGACGAGCCGGGACACGGACACGGAGAGCUCGGCCGAGGAGAAGGACUCGGACAGCAUGGAUGACACCGGUCACUACUCCAUCACCGAGGAGAGCCGGGCCCUGGACCGCUCGCCCUCGGAUGAGGAGGAGGAGGAGGAGGAAGAGGAAGAGGAGGAGGAGCAGCGAGCGCAGCGCCGAGCCCAACGCAAGCGCACCAACCACGAGCAGGACUCGUCGGACGACGAGCAGGCUCUGGAGGAGUGGGUGUCCUCGGAGACAUCGGCGCUACCGCGGCCGCGCUGGAGGGCGAUCCCGGCGCUGCGGCACCGCGAGCUGGGCUCCAGCAACCGCUUCGUGCACGAGGCCUGCGGGGCCCGGGUCUUUGUGCAACGCUUCCGCCUGCAGCACGGCCUCGAGGCCCACACCGGCUGCGUUAACACCCUGCACUUUAACCAGCGCGGCACCUGGCUGGCCAGCGGCAGCGACGACCUCCGCGUCGUCGUCUGGGACUGGGUGAGGAGGAGGCCGGUGCUGGAGUUUGAGAGUGGUCACAAGAGCAACGUGUUCCAGGCCAAGUUCCUGCCCAACAGCGGUGACUCCACGCUGGCCAUGUGUGCCCGGGACGGGCAGGUCCGUGUGGCCGAGCUCUCAGCCACCCAGUGCUGCAAGAACACCAAGCGGGUGGCCCAGCACAAGGGAGCCUCGCACAAGCUGGCCCUAGAACCGGAUUCUCCAUGCACUUUCCUAUCGGCAGGUGAAGAUGCUGUCGUCUUCACCAUCGACCUGAGACAAGACCGGCCUGCCUCGAAACUGGUGGUGACCAAGGAGAAGGAGAAGAAGGUGGGUCUCUACACCAUCUACGUCAACCCGGCCAACACCUACCAGUUUGCUGUGGGGGGCAGAGACCAGUUCAUCCGGAUUUAUGACCAGAGGAGGAUAGAUGAGAACGAGAACAACGGCGUCCUCAAGAAGUUCUGCCCACACCACUUGGUGAACAGCGAGUCCAAAGCCAACAUCACCUGCCUGGUCUACAGCCACGAUGGCUCUGAGCUCUUGGCCAGCUACAACGAUGAGGACAUUUACCUCUUCAACUCCUCCCACAGUGAUGGGGCCGAGUACAUCAAGAGGUACAAGGGACACCGCAACAACGCCACGGUGAAAGGGGUGAAUUUCUACGGCCCCAAAAGCGAGUUCGUGGUGAGCGGCAGCGACUGCGGCCACAUCUUCCUGUGGGAGAAGUCCUCCUGCCAGAUCGUGCAGUUCAUGGAGGGCGACAAGGGCGGAGUGGUGAACUGCCUGGAGCCCCAUCCCCACCUCCCCGUCCUGGCCACCAGCGGCCUGGACCACGACGUCAAGAUCUGGGCACCCACAGCCGAGACCCCCACGGAGCUGACGGGGCUCCGAGAGGUGAUCAAGAAGAACAAGCUGGAGCGGGAUGAGGACAGCCUGCACCACACUGACAUGUUCGACAGCCACAUGCUCUGGUUCCUCAUGCACCACCUCCGCCAGCGCCGCCACCACCGUCGCCGCCGGGAGCCCGGAGCCCCGGAUGCAGACUCGGAUGAGUCCCCCAGCUCCUCGGACACAUCGGAUGAGGAGGAGGAAGGCCCGGACCGGGUGCAGUGUAUGCCAUCGUGAGCCCCCCCCCACCUCCAAACCGGACC